AUGCAAAGGCCUGUGGGUCCAUAUUUGGUAGAUGUUGCGUUGAAUCUCACAGAUUGUGUCUUUCGCGGUGUGGACUGGAAAGGCCGACGUGUGCACGAAGACAACUUUGACGAUGUCCUCCGGCGGGCGCAGGAGCAAAAUGUGCAGAAGAUGAUCAUCACCGGCACCAGCCUUUCCCAGUGCGUGAAGGCUAUACGGCUCUGCCGCCGCUACCCGUCGCAGUUGUUGUGCACCGUUGGAAUUCACCCCGCCCACUGCGCGGAGCUGAUGCGGCCGAUGGACUGGGCGAGCGUCGAGGAGGCCGCUGCCGAUGAUGCGUCUAUUCAAACACCUGAGCCCCCUCCUUCUGUUGCUGUUGAUGAUGAUGCCUGGCAGCAUACGGAGGAACGCCUAGCGAAGCUUUUGGAACUAGUCGAGAAAAACCGGGAUGUCAUCGUUGCCGUGGGGGAGAUUGGGCUUGACUACGCCGAAGAAUCAUUUUGUCCCCGUGAGUUGCAGCAAGAGUACUUUGUGCGGCAGCUACGUGCUCUUAGGGUGUUGCGUCUGCCCUUUCUGUUCCACUCCCGUGACUGCGGUACGGACUUCGUGCGCCUACUUGAAGAGGAGCGGCGGGCCUGGCCAAGCGACAUGCCAUUUGUUGGUGUAGUGCACAGCUACAACGGCUCCCCAGAGGAGCAGCAGCGGCUCUUGGCAAUGGACGGCAUUUACUUCAGUGUCAAUGGCAGUGCCUUUCGCGAGAAGCGUGUUGCCGAGCAGAUCUGUAGGAUACCGCGUGAGCGGCUACUGCUGGAGACGGACUCGCCGUGGUGCGACAUCCGCAAGCAGCACUACGCAGCGCAGUUCCUUCGGACGCACUUCCCGACGAACCGCCAGGGGAAGCCGUUCGUUGCGGCCCUGUGUGACGAGCGGCGGAACGAGCCGUGUCACCUGCGGCAGGUGCUGGAGGCGUACAUUGGCACGCUGCAGCGCCUGGGGCAAGAGAAUGGCGAUGAGGCGCUGCAGAACGUGACGGAGGAGGAGGUGGUGCAGCGCGUGUACGACAACUGCGUCGCGGUGUUUCGCCUUUGA